GCAGUUGUUCCUGUUUAAAUCAUUGCAAUCCUACUUCUGCAUGUUUCAAAACGCUUUUCUGCAUGUUGAAACAUGCAGAAGCAAAGUUUUUUUUCCCUCAUUGGAGGAUAUUUCAACAAAUUGUGAGCAGCAACUGUCAGAGCAACGGAUUCUGGAUGAAGAUGGCUCUCCUCUACAGCAUCGUCUCCCAGGCUGCCGAGUGGACGGACCCCUUGCUAUUCCUCCGGGUCUGUGCAGCAGGGCUUGUGGCUGUGGUGACAGUCUGGACUGUGAGGCUGCUGGUGUGUCAUGCCUGGUACACUCACAGACUGUCCCGCUUCAAUAAACCACAAACACACUCGUGGCUUUUAGGACAUAUGGGCCAGAUGCAGAGCACAGAAGAAGGCCUUCUUCAAGUUGACGACUUGGUGCAGACUUACAAACACUCCUGCAGCUGGUUUCUUGGGCCUUUCUAUCAUCUGGUCAGAGUCUUCCACCCCGAUUAUGUCAAACCGCUGCUGAUGGCCUCUGCCAACAUCACGGUGAAGGAUGAGCUUAUCUAUGGCCACCUGCGUCCAUGGUUGGGACAAAGUCUGCUGCUGAGCAGCGGAGAGAAGUGGUUUCGCAAGAGACGACUGCUGACUCCAGCUUUUCAUUUUGAAAUCCUGAAGAACUACGCUGCCAUUUUUAACUCCUCAACUAACACCAUGCAUGAAAAAUGGCGCCACCUGGCUGCAGAAGGCAACAAGAACCUGGAGAUGUUCGACCAUGUCACUCUGAUGACACUGGACAGUUUACUGAAAUGUGCUUUCAGCCACAGCAGCAACUGUCAGGAGUCUACCAGUGACUAUGUGGCAGCCAUCGUGGAACUCAGUGACCUGAUAAUUGAUCGCCGACUUAAGAUCCUACACCACUGGGAUUGGAUUUACUGGAAAACACAGCAGGGAAAACAGUUUAAACAGGCCUUAAAUGUUGUGCAUAGAUUCACCAGGGAAGUGGUUCAAAAGCGUCGUGCUCUCAUUGACCAGCAGAGAGAGACAGGAGUCCAAUCCAGUCACACCAAAACACCAAAGAGGAAUAAAGAUUUUGUCGAUAUUUUACUGCUGUCAAAGGAUGAAGAUGGACAUGGUUUAACAGAUGAGGAGAUACUGGCUGAGGCAAACACCUUCAUGUUUGCAGGUCAUGACACUACAGCCAGUGCGAUUUGCUGGACACUAUAUAAUUUGGCAAAUCAUGCUCAUUAUCAGGAAAAAUGCAGGCAGGAGGUGAUGGAGCUCAUGAAGGGACGGGAUGAACAUGAAAUAGAAUGGGAGGAUCUGUCAAACCUUCCUUUUACGACCAUGUGUAUAAGGGAGAGCCUCAGACUCCACUCGCCUGUGCAGGCUGUAACAAGGAAGUACACGCAGGACAUGCAGCUGCCUGGAGAUCUCACGGUACCAGAAGGUGCAAUCUGUUUGGUUAGCAUUUAUGGUACCCAUCACAACCCUGUGGUCUGGACAAACCCACACGAGUUUAAUCCUCUGCGUUUUGACCCAACCAACAAAGAGAGCCACUCUUCUCACGCCUUCAUCCCGUUUUCCUCAGGCCCCAGGAACUGCAUCGGGCAGAAAUUUGCCAUGGCAGAGCUUCGAGUUGUUGUGGCGUUGACCUUACUCAGGUUUCGUCUCACUCUGGGUGUGAACCCUGAACUUGGAAGCAAAUCUGGGAGAGUUCGCCGUCUUCCUCAACUAGUCCUGCGUGCUGAAGGAGGCCUGUGGCUGGAGUUGGAGCCUCUUUUGGAUGAAUGAUCCAAGAUGUCAUGAAGCGUUCAUGCGUUUCAGUUUGAAAAGAUUAUUUUUAUUGGGUUCAACCACAAAAAUGCAUCUAUAAAUCAACUGAAUGCUGUACUGAUUUACUUCCCACUGUUAAAUUUGGCUUAAAUAAAUCCAAACUUUAAAAAA